GGAUUAAUAUUCAUUCUUUCACUAUAAAUACUACAGCUUCAGGUUCACAUCUCCACACCUUAAAAAUCUCUUUGCAAAAUAUCAAUCAAUUCCAUUUUCACUCAUCUUGUGACCAUUUCCAAAUUACAAAAUCAUGGGUGUUUUCACUUAUGAAUAUGAGGUUGUUACUUCAAUCCCACUAGCCAAGAUGUUUAAGGCUUGUGUGCUUGAUGGUGACAAGCUCAUUCCCAAGGUUGUUCCUCAGGCUUUUAAGAGUGUUGAGUAUAUUGAAGGCAAUGGUGAGCCUGAGAGCAUCAAGAAAGUUACUUUUGGAGAAGGUUACCAAUUUAAGUAUGCAAAGCAGAAGAUAGAAUCACUAGACAAAGAAAAUUUUGUAUAUAGUUACAGUAUAAUUGAAGGCGAUGCUUUGUUGAACACUCUUGAGAAAAUAACUUAUGAGACCAAAUUAGAACCCUCUGCAACUGGGGGAUCCAUAUGUAAGACUACUAGUAAGUAUUACACCAUUGGAGACUUUGAGCUCAAGGAAAAGGGAAUCAAGGCAGGCAAAGAAAAGACCUCGGGAAUGUUUAAAGCCAUUGAAGCCUACCUCUUGGCAAAUCCUGAUGCCUACUAA